UGAUUCUUGGGUCUGAAAAUGGAGGAGGAGGGGCAAGUGGUUAUAAGAUCUAGUACUGGAGAAGAACCCAUAACACAGUAUAAGGUUUGCAAGCUCAAUGUAGUGCCUAAGGAGAUUUUUGUCAAGUUCAGAAAAGAAGUUGAGGGUUAUCGAGUUGGUGUUAACUUGGAGUUUCACACAGCCCCAUACAAAGAAGAUCUGGCUAGGCUUGUUAUAAAACCUUUAGCCCCUAAUCAAAGAUGGAAGUUCACAUAUGACUCCUGGCAUCAUGAAGUUCGCCUUCUUUCCAAGAAAAUCCCAAUAACAAAAUUUCUGAAUUUUCAUGCUUGA